GGCGGAAGUGAGAGGUCCGGCCGGCGAAUAAUAUGUCCACCACCGGCGCUGGCGAUGGCAUCCUCCCUGUAACAUCUGCGCAUGAGGCAGUAGGUACGUCUGUUUCAAUGGACAUGCAACCUGUUUUGUCUGCAAUCGCCCCAUACACAGAGGGUGUAUCUGUGACUCCUCCGGCGGCAUUGAGGGCACCUGGACAUAUCGAAGAGCACACAAAAACAGCAGACGUGGUCGGCGCAGAGAAGCACAUCCCCAUGAGACAUAUUGGGCCACAUGAACAGGACACACCUCAUAUUCUUCAAAGCCACCCGGACAAUAUUGAUAUAAGAUUGAUACCUAAAGUCGGUAUGACAUUUAGUAACGUGGAUGAGGCGUAUAAUUUUUAUAGUCAAUAUGCAUACGAGGUAGGAUUUCCGUUGAAGAAAUAUAGGGAGCAGAAGAAUUGUAAAUGGUUGAACUGUUCAAUGGAAGGAAAGAAUGCUGAAAGGGUAGCUGGAAAUCCAAGGAUACGUAACACAUGUUCGAAACGAACACAGUGCAAGGCUGGGAUGAAACUCAAAAAAAUCUACGAUGAUGCUAAGGAGAAUGUUAUUUCUGUUCGGAUUGAUCUGUGCGAUGCAAGAAAGCAGGAUUCCACCACAUUGCAUUAUGGAUUUUGUUACUGA